GCGGCGGCGGAGCCGGGGGUGAAGACAUGUUAGAAGUUCGUCAACGUCAUGAUGUUGUGGUUAAGUCGGGCCAGGAAAGAAGCGAGGCGGCUGGAGAUGCUGACCGCGCCGGCGGCGGGGAGAUGUCGGCCGAGCCGAUGACCGUCUUCCUGAAGCUGUGCGCAGCCGCUUUUUACGGAAUAAGCUCGUUUUUUAUUGUGGUCGUAAACAAGAGCAUCCUUACCAGCCACAGAUUCCCUUCAAUAAUAUUUGUGGGUCUUGGUCAGAUGUUGGCAACAGUGACCCUACUGUGGGUGGGUAAGGCAUGCAAAGUGGUAAAGUUUCCUGACUUCGAUUAUAGUAUGCCUCGAAAGAUAUUUCCACUACCUCUCUUGUAUUUGGGAAACCAACUGACAGGACUUCUUGGUACUAAGAAACUGAAUCUGCCGAUGUUUACAGUCCUAAGGAGGUUUUCUAUUCUGUUUACAAUGAUAGCGGAAGGUUUACUGCUCAAUAAGAAAUUCUCCCGCUCUGUUCAGAUGACAGUAUUUGCAAUGUUGCUUGGUGCAUUUAUUGCUGCCAGUUCUGAUAUGGCAUUUGAUUCUUUUGGAUAUGGAUACAUUCUUACAAAUGAUGUAUUAACAGCUGCCAAUGGAGCUUAUGUAAAGCAGAAAUUGGAGUCAAAAGAAAUGGGAAAGUAUGGACUACUUUAUUACAAUGCCCUCUUUAUGAUUUUGCCUUCUGUGGUCAUUGCAUAUGUUACAGGAGAUCUGCAGAAGGCAGUCAGUUUUGAAGGAUGGUCAAAUGAAAUGUUUGUGUUACAGUAUCUGCUGUCCUGUGUAAUGGGGUUUGUCCUCAUGUACUCUACAGUUCUGUGUACACAGUAUAAUUCUGCUCUUACCACCACAAUUGUUGGCUGUGUUAAGAAUAUUUUGGUGACUUACAUUGGAAUGUUUCUUGGUGGAGAUUAUAUAUUCACGUGGACUAACUUCAUUGGAUUAAAUAUCAGCAUUGCGGGGAGUUUGGUGUAUUCUUAUAUUACAUUCACGGAGGAGCAGGUAACCAGGACAUCAGGAAACAGCAGCAACACUGAAUCCAAGGGAAAGAUUGCUGUAUGAGACGAGCAUCUUAACAGAUGAACUUUUUUAUUCAUUUUAAUUUUAUAAUUACUUUUAUCUGUAGUUAUCAAUAAGUUUUCAGUUUUAUUACAAUGUUGAAGGACCAAUUGAAAAACUAGUAUUAAAUGGCCUACUUUUGCUUUACCACAGUAGCUUAUGACAUUACAAAUUCCCCAAGUUCCAAAGCUCCAAAUAGAUGUCUCUAUUUGAGGAUCUUAAUUCAUUUGUUUUAAAGUAGUUAUUGAUUGUACCUAACUUGUACAAUAGUUUAGUAGUCUUGGAGAUGGAAAAUAUUAUGCCUAAAAUCACUUUAAAUAAAUUCUGUGUCUAAACCAGGGGUUUCCAACUUGGAGUCCAUGAGCCCCUUAGUUAAUGGUAUUGGUCCAUGGCAUAGUAAAAGUUGGGAACCCCUAGUCUAAACUAUAAACAUUUGGUGGCGGGGUGGAGAUGUGUCUCUACCAAAGGAGGUGUAAGGCGCUCCUUUCAUCCGCUAGCCUGUAGGUCACCCUUGGACAAGGUCAUGUGAAGUCAUGGGGGCAGGUUGAUUGUGCAUAUCACAAGUUCUGGUUUGGUGACCACUGACACCAGGCAGACAAUCUCUGAAGCUUAUUGAUACUGGCUGGGGUCACCGGAAUUGUAAAGACGCUGCCCAGAAGAAGGCAAUGGCAAAUCAUUUCUGUAGAAAAAUUUGCCACGAUUAAUUAAGGGCAAAGACUAUAAUCGCCCACAUCAUUCAACACAGCACAUGAUGAUGAAACUGUAUAACUACCAAGUUUAGUAACACUGGUUGAGUACCCCUUAUCCAAAAUUCCAAAAUCCAAAAACUCCGAAAUUUGAGAUUUUUGUGAGCGCUGACAUGAUGUCACAGACGGAAAAUUUCACAAGGAGCUAGGAAGGUUCCCAGGCAAUGCAUAGAUCUCUGUGCUUCAGACAGUUCUGAGAAGUGAUUUCACAUAUGUAAUGAACAGAAGUUAAUGAAAAAUAGAAAAAUGCUCCAUAAAGUGAAAAUGAAGAACUCAAUCAUGUAUUGAAAGAAUGGAUUUGUCGGUGAAUGUUUGUCACUCAACAGUAUGCUGAUCACGAAACAAGCAAAGAUCUACCAUGACGAACUGAAAGUUGAAGGUAAUUGUGAAUAUUCAGCUGGCUAGUUGCAGAAAUUUAAGAAGAGCAAUGACAUUAGAUUUUAAAAUAGUGUCUCCUGAUCAUGAAGCAGCAGAGAAAUUCAUUGAUAAGUUGCGAAGAUCAUCACUGAUGAAAUUCCAACACCAGAACAAAUCUACAAUGCUGAUUGUUUUUAUACCUUACAUAAAACUUUAAAAAGGUUAAAAUACAGAUAGCGUACUGUAACCUUUUAAUCCUAACACGUCAUCAUAGGUGAAGACUGAAAGCCUGUCAUUUGUUGUUCAACAGCUGAUUCAGCUAUUCUGAAGCUGCUGUGCUGCAUUUGUUAACUCAUUUUAUUUUCAUAUGUUAAUAGUUUGUAGUAAUUUUUAAUGUUAAAUACAGAUGUGUAAUGAACAAGUAUAAGACAAGGACUGCUUACCGUUAGUGCAUAAAUUCAGUCAGAAAUUAUGGUAAUCCCAGGUUUUAAAUAUAAUUAUAUUCCAAUCUCCCAAAAUGUCUGAAAUUGGGAACGCUUUCGGCCCCAAGCAUUUCAGAGAAGAGAUACCUAGAUUGUACUUCUAAGCAAAAGAAGUUGAGUGCCUAUUGUUUUCAACAUCUGUUUAAAUUUUUUACUCAAGGAUUGAGAAGCUGAGGAUGUCUUCUUGGAGCAUUAGUACAAGUCAGCUGCCUCCUACAUUGCAACUUCCAAAUUUGAUCUAUUAACAGACUGUGUGAAUAAAAUGGAAGCUGUAUUUUUAAUUAAGCUAAACUUUAAUUGUGACAGAAACAAGAUUGUUGUAGAACGCUAUGGGUUAGUUAUAAAUUUAUGACUUUGAGAAGGAACAAUUGUUUUCUAAGUUUCAAAUAAUGGACAAUUACUUUGGGGAAACAACAAUGUGAAGACAAAUCUCUCAUUUUAAGAUGUCAUGUGCAAAUCUCAUGAAAUGCCUGGAAAUAUCUUUGUAAAGAACUGCGUACUAAUACAGUUCUACCAAUCAUAAAGCCAUCACCUGGAUGGUUUAGUGGAGAAUUGUAUCUCUUUUCAAAAUGUGCUUAAUGAACUUCUGAACUGCCUUUUUUUCUGCAAUGUAGUUAAUUGGUAUUGGAGAAAUCAAUCAAAGGAUAUGUUUGAUUUGGUUGUGUUAAAACUUUAAACUUGAAUUUUAAAUGUACUUUAAAUUGUUACCUGUUUAACAUAAAGCCAUUCAAAUAUUUUAGUGUUUUCAACAGAAUCUGCUAAACAAUUUAAAAUUUGCUUAGAAAAUGUUGAUUCACAUGAGAAAUACUGAUAGACCUGGUGAAACUCAUUCUCUCUCUUGACCCAUUGAAUUCUAACUUAUCAGGAAAUUAAAUCAAUGUUCCAAAUUUAAAAUUCCUUGUUCCAAAUCAAGACAUACCUCAGUGAUUAAUUAUUCUCUACUCCAGGCAAAUUUCUUGAAGAUCUGUGUAUUUGUGACAGCUUCAUAAAACAUGAAUAUCAAGCAUUUGGAAUAUAAAGCUUUUGAGAAAAAUGUUUGCAUGAUUUCAGUAAACUGUAUAAUUCCUAAUGUGCAAUACUUAAUGAGAAUUCCCUAAUAUUUUUAUUUUCUAAGAUGCAUGUUCUAGGAAAAUAUCAGGUGACAUUUGUCAAUCUUGAUUUUGUGAAUACAAGAUGAAUUGAAAUUCAUGCACAUUUACAGGUCAAGUUGAUCCUAUGGACCUUCCUAUUAAAUUGUGGCAGCACUUUGCUUUUAUUGAGCACCAAGUCUGAUUGGCUAACAUUUCAGUGAAGUGUUCCCUUAUAAUUUUGCUUUGGUCCAGGUGUUUAGUGGCUGGUUUCCAAGAUGCUUUUAAUUCUGAAAACAAUUUGUAUGCUGGUGUUUGUGGUCAGUACAUAAGAAUUGUUCAAUGUAUGUGAACACUGAAGUGCCUAGAUACUGAAUUAGAGGUGAAUUUAUGAAUAUUUUUAAAUGAAAAUAUGUGUAUUUAACCCAUUGUAACGUAGAUGCAUUAAAAUCUAGAUUUUACAAAUGUACGUACUACCAAAAUUGAAGAAAAUGAAGCUUCUAGGUAUUGAUUUUGCAAUUCCCAAUAAUGUAUAAUGCCAAGUGUUCUACUUCAUUUUCAAUUAUUCCACUGUACCCAUUUUCAUUGAGUGAAAUUUGGUUUACAAAUAUAUUUUGUAACAAAUACAAACGUUGUUGGCUUUGA